AUGGCUCCUCGAAGGCAACACUCAGCCCCAGAAGUUACCACUCUCUUGAAACUGAACCACGACUAUAAGAUUCGUUUUCACACAGCAGCCACAAAAUCCGAUUGGGAGCGUGAAGGGCUCCCUGGCAGAGGCUUAUUUGACCAGAUUGAGAAAAUCAAGACCAUCAAGUUUUCUGAAUACCCACCGCGGAAUCACCCGGAUAAAGCCACCGCCAACCGCAAGAAAUUGCUCGUAAGGAGGAUCCAGGCAAAUGCAACUCGGUGCAAGAGGGAGGGAGACAAUGAAGUCGGCUGGAUUAACAAUGUCGCCAACUUAGUUCUUGGGCGCUUGGACGGGUUUGAAUUGCGUUGCCAACGAUGCAACAAUUACUUAUGGCUGUCGGAUUUUAUUGCGCUGCCGAGUGAUCCAGUUGCUGCUGACCGUCUAAAGCGAAAGUAUGCUCGGAGGAGUCUUUGUCAAUGUGACGCCGCACAAAGGGCGGAUGUUGUGCGGGUGAAUUCGAUUCAGCCAUCGAUCUUAUCAAACAAAUCGGACGAGCGUGUUUGGCAUCAGGAUAGUGGUUUGGAGAAUGAGGUGAUCGAUCAAAAGUAUAAAAGGCCAGAUCGAGUUUAUGGGCUAAGCAUGACAAGUUCCUUUGUGCCGUUCAGAGAGCGACUAAGCAAAGCCAGCCCCUUCAAAGGCGGCCACACCUUGUUUCCUUUCUUGUUGGUUGAGGCAAAAUCCGAGAAGUCGUCUUCAGGAUUUGAACAGAUUGAACGACAAACAGCCCUGAGCAUUCGCACCUGCCUCAAACUCCAGGUAGAUCUGGAUGCAGAGUCAAAUCAGGUCCUGGACCCACUUGUAUGGUUCUUUGGGUUUAUGGGUGAUGAAUGGCGCCUGUACUUGGCGUUUAUGGUGGGUGACCAGACUGACGUUAUGGAUUGCUGGCACGGAUACCUCCAACGCAAUGAUGAGGCUUUACAGUUACUGGUGAUCAUCGAUUGGAUCCACAGCUGGGCCACAGAUAUCCAUCGCAAAGGAGUCAUAAGGUGCUUAACUGGGCUCACAGCACGAGAUAUCUCGCCCUCGGGAACAGCCUUCUCUUCUCAAGAAGCUCGUUCAGAACGGGGCCAAUCAAUUAGGUCGAACUCCCUGGUAUUCCGCACGUCGCGAGCACCGAGCGCCGCACCAGAGGUAUUCCAACGGAAUCCAAUUUAUAGCCAGGUCAUCGAGAUCCAUGACUCGGAGGAGGAGAUUAAGGAUGUUGGAGUUGACAGUGGCAUCUUUUCCGCGCCCGAAGAUGGCAAAGACUCGGAGGCUGAUGAUGAUGACCGACAAAGAGUUGUACGCAGCGCUAGCUCCACCGUAUACCAAUGGAAGCAUUUCGACAUCCCAGACGAAGAGUCUAUUCUCCUAGACCUGCUCGGCACCCUUGAGGGGGAAAAUUCGCAGCAAGAUGCUGCCAGGUCUCUUUGGAAAAUUCUCACAGAUACCCAGCAUACAAUAAAAAUCAGCCUCAAGACGGUGUCGCAUUUAAUCCAUGACUCGACUGGACAGAGUCUUUCGGAGUUCGCAGAGUACGAGCCGAUUGCCACCUCAAUAGUAUGUCAGCGCACCCUCGUUGAGACAAGCUGGCAGGUGAUGUGCAACUUUUGGUGCAUCACUUGUAGUCAAUCAGCGGCAAGCAUGUUGGCAAUUAUUGCAGGUGUCAAUGAGUCUGAGCGUUUCGGGCUAGCCUACUGGAGAGCCCAGGAUUCCGCGUGCCUCAUGCCAAUGAUUGCAAGCCUGGCCAAUCUGGAAGGAAAAGCGUCUGCUGCUGCAGCUAUCUCGCAGGACAUAUACUGCAUGACCUCCAGCGAGUCGGAGACCAAUCACGGGCACUUUGAUUGGAAGAAAGCCGACAGAAGUACCCUUCAGCCUUGGCUAGUCGUGGUUGACAGUUCCUUCAGGCAGAUUAAAGGAUCGCGGCGAACUAUUCUCCCUCGGGUAAUCAGUCGGACGGCUCCUAACUACGUCCUAAAUCCUGGUCUCUUCGAGACGAGUGGCCUCGAAGGCCUCCACGGUGUGCUUUUGAGGAGGCCAGAAGAAUGGCCGGGUGCUUGUCCGCGGUGGUGCUUCUUGAUAUUCGACGUCGACCAUGUGAACGAUCUUAGCAACAAGAUUGAUAGAGCUCACCGCAAAAGUGCCAUAUAUGCGACGGGAAACUGGAGCCGUGAAGACGAUCUAUUUCUAUCGCGGUGGAUUAGAGACCUAGCGAGAGGAGAGAGACGGCGUCAACCCAACUCAAUUGGUGAAAUCGUAUUGGCAAUGUGA